UGUUAAACUACGAGUGAGCGGAGAGUUGCGGGGAAUCUUCUUCUACUUCUUCCCGGGGAUCAGAGACUGCGAGCGGACAACUUUGCGCCUCCCUGCCGCCGCCGCGUCCGCUGCUGGAACCGAAAUGUCGUCGUUCUACGGGCGAUCUUAGACAAAGUGUUCGGAUGUCGCCGCCAUUAUGUCAGUAAACCGCCGAGCAGCCGUCCAGGGAUCAGUGCUGUCCUCCCCAUAAAAGGGGGGUGGUAGCUGCACUGGCUGCUGUGAUGCUCCGGAAGAGCAGCAGCAGCAGUGGCCUCGGGACAAUGCAAGCCCAGGGUCGGCCACGACACCUCCCCAAGUCUCACACGGGGUCCCUGUCGUCCCGGUCCACCAAGACCUUGGACGUGGGCCGCAGCUCCAAGAACCCCAACCCUCUGAGCAGCAUGGGGCUGUCGUCUCGGCUGGUGGGGGCGCCGGGAGUGGACCCGGAGUAUGUGAUGCAGCUGGUGAACGAUGUGCGAGGGUUCGCCGAUGUGCUGCUCAGCCUCAAGGAUGCUUUCCAGUGUAGAGAGAAUCUGGAAGGUCUUCAGAAGGUGGUGCAGGAGCGUUUGACGGAGCUGCUACGUGUCCUCAAGGCUGUCAUCGGCAAGCACCAGACCCUCAACUCGGUGGACAUCCUCGGAGCGGCUGGCACGGUCAUUGCCAAGGUCAAAGGCGUCAACUUCAAGGAAGUGAACCCAGAAAACAGUAAAGCUAUAUUUGGCGAGAUAGACACAUCCAUCGACACUUUGGCGUUCACAUUUGGCAAUGUAGUUUCUGACUUCCUUAUGGGAGAUGUGGACAGCGGCCCAGGGUUGGGGAUCCCCCAGACCAGGAGAAGCAGGUCUUUCGACAACCUCUCUGUGGAUCCUGAGGGAUACAGUUCAGAGAAAAGCGACCUUGUGGGCCCGGAGGUGCCGUUGUCACGGGAGGAGGAAGUCGACUUGACUCUGCUGAAGAAUGACAGCGGGGUGGAGUCUGCUCUACUCUACGCCAAGGCCUGGUCCAAGUACAUCAAAGACCUUCUGGCCUGGAUGGACAAAAGAAUGGCCAUGGAUAUUGAAUAUGCUAAAAGUUUUGCCAAAAUGGCAGAGUCUGCAAAGACACUGGCCAGUCAACAGGACUACAUGCCAUUCAGUGAUAUCUACGUUUCCACAUUCAAGAAGGACAUUGAAUACAACCAGCUGCUUAUACAAACUGCAAUGGCUCUUCAAACAAAUAAAUUCAUACAGCCUCUUCUCGCUCGCAAGAAUGAACUAGACAAGCUGAGGAAAGACAUCAAGGAGCAGUGGCAGAGGGAACAAAAGAAAAUGCAAGAGGCAGAUGCAACGUUGCGUAAAGCACGAGCGCUAAAGUCCCAGAGGAGAGAGGAGUACCAGAAAGCCCACUCAUCUACCAACCGCUCCCAGGAGGAGCAGUCCAAUAACGCUGGUAACAAACAGCUGGAGAAGAAGAGGAGGCUAGAGGAGGAGGCUCUGCAGAAGGCGGAGGAGGCACAGGACCAGUACCAGAGCUGUAUGGUUGACGCAGGCGUCAGGAAGAUGGAUCUGGCCAACGCCAAGAGCACCAUCCUCACACAGCUCCGAGAGAUGGUCUUUCAGUGUGACCUCACCCUCAAAGCUGUGACAGUGAACUGGUUUCAGAUGCAGCAGGCUCAGACCGUGUCACUUCCUGCCCACUACCAGUCCCUGAGCGAGAGCGCCAAGUUGUAUGAGCCGGGCGAAUGCUACGCCGAGUUCGUCCGGAACCUUCCCAAAAACCUGCCUAAAGAGCGUCUGCACUCCGACUCCAUCUCCUCUGACAAUACCAGGUUUUUGUUCAACAAAAGGUCAGUGGGCAGCACUCAUUCCUCCCACGGCAACCUGUCGCAGGCGUCCAUCACCUCCUGUGACGUGCUGAGCGGGGACGAGGUGGACAGCCCCUCGCACCGGCCGGCGAAGAUGAGCGAGCAGAGGUCCAACAGCAGCACAGACAUACAAGCGCUCCGAGGCCAGGCCCCGCUGAGAGCCUGGGCCUCCAGCAGCCAGGGAAGCCAGGGCGGAAUGUGCAGUGACUCGGAGAGCGCCGGAGGCAGCAGCGAGUCGAGGUCCAUGGACUCCCCGACCGCCAGUCCAGGUGACUUUAAACGACGGCUACCCAGGACUCCCUCCACUGGAACCAUGUCUUCUGCUGAUGACUUGGAUGAGAGGGAGCUACCAUCACCCUCAGACAAUGGUCUGGCAGAGAUGGUGACGGAGACGGCCAGUUCUCCGGGUCCCUUCCGAAAUGCUCAGAUGUCCAAAGCUGCUCAAACCCACAAGCUAAGAAAACUGCGAGCGCCGUCUAAAUGCAGGGAGUGCGACAGUCUGGUCGUUUUCCACGGAGCAGAAUGUGAAGAGUGCUCCCUGGCCUGCCAUAAGAAGUGUCUGGAGACGCUUGCCAUCCAGUGUGGCCACAAAAAGCUGCUGGGCAGACUUCAGCUGUUCGGCAUCGACUUUACCCAAGCAUCAAAAAACAGCCAGGAUGGAAUCCCCUUCAUCAUAAAGAAGUGCACGUCUGAGAUCGAGAGUCGAGCCCUCAACAUCAAGGGGAUUUAUCGUGUAAAUGGAGCCAAAUCCCGCGUUGAGAAGCUCUGUCAGGCGUUUGAAAACGGAAAGGACUUGGUUGAACUGUCUGACCUCUCACCUCACGACAUCAGCAACGUCCUCAAACUCUACCUUAGACAGUUACCAGAGCCACUGAUCCUGUAUCGAUACUACAACGACUUCAUCGGCCUGUCCAAAGAGUGUCAGCGAGUGAUAGUGGAGGAGGUCGACAAAUCUCCCGACACCCACACUGGAGAGAAAGGCGGCCCGAGCGUCCAGCUCAACAGAGUCAUUUUCAAGAUCCGAGAUCUGCUCCGCCAGCUGCCCACAGCCAACUACAGGACCCUGCGCUUCCUCAUCGCUCACCUGAGCAGAGUGAACGAGCAGGCGGAAGAGAACAAGAUGACAGCGAGUAACCUGGGUAUUAUCUUCGGCCCCACGCUGGUGAAGCCCCGGCAGACCGACGCCGAGGUGUCCCUGUCCUCCCUGGUGGAUUACCCCUACCAGGCUCUGAUGGUGGAGCUGCUGGUUCGACACUUCCACACGGUCUUUGACGUGUCGCCUCUGGCCGGCUCCGACCUGUCCACCACCGGCCAGGGGUCGCCUAAGCUCACCCCUCAGGAGAAGCUGCAGCGGCUCAGCAGACACUCCACCUCCCUGAUGGACAUCAAAGAGAGCGCCAAAGUGUACAAAAGAUACUCGUCGGUGAUCCCAUCCUCGCACAUCCUGAACGAGGUGCAGGAGGUCCAGCCAGGAACGGACAGAACCGACGGCUCGGCCCAACUCAACGGGGUCCAGGCUUCCAGCGGAGGAGAAGUCCAGAGGUCAACUUUGGUGUUUGGCCGUCCCAGCAUCACCAGCCCCACUCUUCCCAGCGCGGCACCAAAGGUCCAGUUACGCACCCAGCGCACCAGACAGGGGUCCCGACCGAUCAGCAUGCCGCUGGAACGUCUGCCCGCUCCUGUCCAGAUAAGCGAGAGGAAUAACCGAAACGCUGCUGCUAAUGUUGACGCCGCCUCCUCCGAGCGGGAGAGCGUAUCUGAAACAAUACGGGAGAUACCGGAGCCGGAAAAGUCCCGGCAAAGUGGCUCAUCCAGAGUGAGCACCUACUACAUCACACCUUUCAUUGACACGCAUUCAAUGCAGAGGAGAACAUGGGACAGGAAGUACAAGCACUAUGAUGUUACACCCAGGACUGCUAUGAUCGUGGCCAACCUGCCGCCUUCCAGCGCUGGAGUGCAACCUGUAAAGGCCACGGUGCCCGUCACACUCAACCCCACUGAAACCACCACCUCUGUGGUCUCCACCGCGCCCAGUUUGACCAGCAUCUUCUCCACCAACCCCUACACGGUCAUGCCCGGCUGGACGUCUAAAAGGGAAAACGACACAGGCAAUUCAGUCGGUGGAUCUAGCAGCUCACCAAACCUUCCACUUACGCUCAGGGCACCGAGAACUCUGCAGCCUCCUCCCGGAACUUUCUACAAGCCGCCGGUUUCCAGAGCUCGGACGCUUCCAAACUGGACUACAACUGUUACCACCACCACAACCACCACCUCCGCGCUCGCCUCCGUCAGCCCCGGUCAGGUAGUCACCCCGUCCCCUGCCCCGACAAGCCCCCUGCAGACACCGCUCCAGACCCAAGACUCCACCGACAGCGCCAUCGACCCCGGGGUCUUGACCUCUGCUUCCCUUUCCCCACCCCAGUCCCCACCCCCGAGUAGCCCCGACGACCUCAGCCCCAGCGAGACUAAACCCGUCUACCAAAGACUGCGAGCUCGGCGGCUGCAGGAGCUGGAACACAGGGAGGCUCAUUUUGUCUGAUGCCAAAUUAAAAAAAACAUUUUAUCUGUAAAUAUGAAUGUAUCUGUGCCAUAGUGUAUACUGGGGGGGGGGUUACCAACAAGCUGAGGGUGGGAGGAAAAUAAUAGGCCUGUGAAAUAAACCAUGAAAGUGUUAUAAGUACUAAUAUAUUCUAUUUUACACUUUGAAGUCAUAGCGUCAACAUUGCUUGGUCUACGAGUUCAAAACAAGCGAAACAGAAAAAACAACGUUGAAUGUUCAGUGUCGCGUUCUGAAAUAUCAAAAAUGUACAUUGUUUAUUUUUUAUGUCAAAGAAAAUUUGCCAACCACAAUUUUUUUUUGUUUGUAAAAAAAAAAAAAGAUUUAAAGUCUUGCUCAGUUUUAUUUGUUCCAUAAUUAUAUUUUAUUUUAAUCACACAAUGCACUUAAUACAGGUUGUAAUUCUAAUGUUGCCUUUAUUGUUAAAAUUUGCUAAAUGUUGCAUUUUAUUCCACGAGGAAUAGAUGACGGUAAUUUUUUUUUUUUUUAACAUGAGGUUCUUAAUUUGAAAGAAUUUUCCACCGUAGCCUGUGAUUGGUACAUUUGUUUUCUCAGUAUGUAAGCCCUAUGUAUCUGUUUACGUUUUUUAUAUUCAUACAUACUGCAUGUUUGCCACAGUCAUUUUGUCUCAUUACAAUUUUGUGACUAUACAGAAGAAAAAAAAAAUGACAUGCAACAAUUUCUUGCUGCAAAUUAAACAUGUUCUUUAAACUGUUA